UUUCAGUUUGCUUCUUCGUUAUUUGCUGUAUUUUGUUAAUGUUGACAUACUCAUUUUGUCUCUGUUUUCCUGUUUGUAUUGGAAUUUAAUCCAUAGUAUUGUGCUUAUUGUCGGAAACAAGGUUGCAUUCUAUUGUGGUUUGUAUUGUUUAGAAUUUGAACCUGGGUUCUCGUUGAGCGAUAGUGUUCUGUACUGUUUAUGGUAUUGAUUGUUCUGCUGUUGAUUUAUUUAUAGCAGUUGCUUAAAAUUGCAUUUCAUCCAUCUGCAUAGAAGUAAUAUGACUUUCGAAGAAUUCAGGAAAUAUUCAUGUCUCACUCUAUGCAUAACUAAAGGAUCAGAAGAGAGCUGAAAUAUUCUCUUGUAGUGCCUAAAGUGUUCUUGGUGCAGGAAUUAGAUUGUCAACUUUUAUAUUAGCGGAACUUUAAAGGCUGGAUAUCAUGUAUUCCAUUUUAUGUUUGAGUAGCUAGCCAGAAGAAAAUGAAGAAGCUAAGAAGUAUAAUGUGGUGUGGCUGAAAGCUUAUGAAUUACAGAUAUGUAGUAAAUAAUCCUUGAAGGUUUGUUGAUGGGAAAUAAUAAAUUUGAUACUGUGUGAUUAGAGUUUAGAUUAAAUUCAGAUGACAAUUUUUAUUAGACUUUAUAAUAUAUAUUUUUUAAAACACAACAUGAAGUAUAAUAACGGAAAGUUUAAUUCAGGCCUGGAGCAUUUGUUUAUCACCACUAAUUUUUAGUGUAGACUGUAGACUUACAUUCCAGCUUUUUUUUAGAACUGGUUUGUUAAUAAUACAAAUUACUUCUGUUAAAAAAGGUUUAGUUCAUACCGGGAUAGCAAUAGCGGGGGAGAAGGGAAAGGUACUUCAAUCAGGUCAAUUUGAUUGAGACUUUGAUGUUAUCCUUGAAAUAGCAGUGAGCAGCCCAAACUCAAUUUUGAAACCAAACACAGAUUGAUCUACUGUCUUUGUUUCUGUUUCCAAAUAUUCCCAGUGCCAAUAUAAUGUUAUGUCCAACACUCUGAUUUUUUAAGGUUUAUGCUUGGCUGUGGGUGAUGUAAUAGUCAUGGAGUUGAGAGGUAGAAGAAAUGGAAAGCCGGAAGCCUAAAAUGUUCUUCUCAGGAAAUCAUGUGGACAUGUGGAGAGAGAAAUAUGAGAGCCUUUGAGCUAAAUAAAUCUCUGUAGGCCACAUCUACAGGAAUUCGAUAUGUUUUAUGGUGUUCUUUGAUAUGUCUAGUAGGCAAGAUUCAGAUAUUGAUGAUGAUUUCAGUGAUCUUUACAAGGAAUAUACUGGCCCUGUUAGAUCCAACACAACUAAGGCACAAGAUAAAAUUGUGACAGAAAAAAGGCCUCAUGUUGGUUCAGAUGAGGAAGAAGAGGAUGCCCGCGACCCCAAUGCUGUGCCGACGGAUUUUACUAGCAGGGAAGCGAAGGUUUGGGAAGCUAAAUCCAAAGCUACUGAGCGAAACUGGAAGAAACGGAAGGAGGAAGAAAUGAUUUGUAAAAUAUGUGGAGAGUCGGGCCACUUUACUCAGGGAUGUCCAUCUACUCUUGGAGCGAGUCGCAAGUCUCAAGAUUUCUUUGAGAGAGUGCCUGCAAGGGAAAGCCAUGUGAAAGCUUUGUUCACCGAGAAAGUUAUAAAUCAAAUUGAGAAGGAUGUUGGCUGCAAAAUCAAAAUGGAGGAGAAGUUUAUUAUAGUCAGUGGGAAGGACAGAUUGAUCCUAAGAAAAGGAGUGGAUGCUGUACAUAAAAUUAAAGAAGAUGCCGACAAAAAGGGUCCUUCUAGUUCUCAGGUGUCCAGAUCAAGGUCACCUGAGCGCCGAAGUCCUGUUAGCGCUCGUAUGGCACGUUCUGAUUCUCAGAGAUCCAAUCACAGCCCUCAGAGUGCAUCACAGUUACACCAUAGGUACGGAAGACAAGAGAAGGUUGUUGAUGAUCGCGGUCAUGAUGAUUUUCACAAGAUUGCAAGGGGUAGUUCACAAGCAAGAGCUUAUGGUAAUGAUGGAGCUAGAGGUCGAUCAAGCCUGUCAAAGUCUCCGGCACGUGCUGCUUAUAUGAGUAACUCGUAUAAUUCAUAUGAUGGUCAUGGUCAGGGCAGGGGUGUCUCCCGGUCUGAUGGUUGGGAUGCGAGUAGACGUGAUUCUGACAUGAAAUCUAACCGUGAUUUGGACCGCCCCUCCAUUCCACAAUCCUUAGAGAGUGUUGAAUUGGAAUACCAAAAGGAUGCCAUAGAUCUAGGAAGAAUUCGGGACAAGGAAGAAGAUGAAGAAAAUCACAAGCAUAGAGAGGCCAUCAGAGAUGUAAGAGAGAACUACAUGAAGAAAUUGGCCAUCCUUAGAGUUGAACAUGCAAAGCAAUGGGAAGAGUUUCUUCAAAUUGAUGCAGCAAGGAGGCAACAGCUGGCAGGACAACGAAUGCCAGCCUCUGGGUUUGGCGGUUAUAAUCAACAGAGUUAUCAAGAGUAUGAGAACUCUGCAGGUAAUCCACAUUAUUCUGGACCCAACAUACCAAUGGAACCAAGGGGAAGGUAUCCAAACCCUAUGGAUAACUAUCAUCCAUCAAGACCACAUGACAGUUACGAUGACUUUCAGCGUCAGAGGCGUGAUGACUUUGGGAAAGCCUAUAAUCGAUACUAGAUGGAUAGAUUGGAGUUUUUUUGUGGACUUCAAAUCUUUCAGGAUGCAAGUUGGUGGAGUCCACAGGUUCACUGCGAUGAAUCAGUCUGCGCAAGUCAUGUUUGGAGAUAUAGAAACAUCAUGAGAGAUGCUGAGUAUGGUAUCGUAGAUGUUGUAAAGACAAUUGAAACAGGGUUCUUAUUUGGGGUUAGUGGUGGUACAUUUAUCUAGACUAGUGAAGUUUGAAUUCUGGCGUGAGAUUUGGAAAUUCUUAAUACCAUGGUAUACUUGCCUGCUUUUGCAUAUGCAUCAAGAAGCUUUUGAUCAAAUGAUGAGUGAUACAUUUUUCAUAAUCCUGGCGAUUUUAGCGAGUUAUUGUUCUCUUAA